GCGGCGCGGGCGGAGAGACGCGGGACCGGCCGGACUGCCCUGCCCGGGACUCUACUGGAUCUGCUGGAUCACAGAGAUUGUGUGUGAUGCUGUCCACGUCACUGGAGAGGAGCUCUUCACAAGUGGCCUUGAUCCAUGUGUUCAUUCACUGAUGUCCAGCUUGUUCCUUCACGAUCUUACUCAGCAAAAUGCUUGGGGCUUGCAGCAGUGACUGAUGUCAAAAGGGGCUGACUUCUGAAGAUUCCAGGCAGGAUGAAAGAUCGUUUAAGUGAGCUGCGUGAAUUUGCCAGGUUACACAACCAACAGUUUUCUGAUAGCGAUGAUGAUGAAAAUUCACCCCAGGAUAUUCUCCUUUAUGAGACUGAUUAUGCCUUGGAAAUCCUUCAUAAGGACAUACAGAGCAUCCGGACAGAAAAUGACCACCUAAAAGCGGAUGUCAACCGUCUCAGAAAGCAAAACACCCGCUUCCUUACUUCCAUGCGCCGUCUUAGUAGCAUCAAACGAGAUACUAAUUGUAUUGCCAGAGACAUUAAGAGCCGUGGAGAAAGCAUCCACAGGAAACUGCAGGUAAUGAGAGAUUUCUGUGAAGAUGCAAUAACAAAAUACGGAGCUAUGUCUGUCAUUGCGAGGGUGGCGAAGAACCACUAUGUUGACCUCAUGCACACAUUUCAGGAUGCUAUGUUUGAUUACAAUGCAACAGAGAUGAACCAGCGGGAGAACUGCAAGAUUCGAAUUCAGCGGCAGCUGGAGAUCAUGGGCAAAGAAGUUUCUGGCCACCAGAUUGAGGAGAUGAUUGAGCAAGGCAAAUGGGAUGUCUUCUCCGAGAAUCUCUUGUCGGAUGUUAAGGGAGCUCGCGCAGCCUUGAAUGAGAUAGAGACGCGGCACAAGGAACUGGUGAAGUUAGAAGGUCGCAUUAAGGAAGUUCACGAGCUCUUUCUGCAGGUGGCCCUCCUAGUGGAGGAACAGGCGGACACCUUUGAUGUUAUUGAGAUAAAUAUGCAAAAUGUUGAGGACUAUGUAGGAGAUGCUAAAGACCAAGUGAAAAGAGCUUUGGAAUACAGGAGAAGACAUCCCCUCAGAACAAUACUCUGCUGCUGCUUAUCAUGUUGUAGAAGGUGAUGGUCCCACUGGACCCACAAGACUGACUUGAACAUCUUCAAAAUCAGGUGUUCUUUCCAGAGACUGUUCUGUAAUGACAAGCCCUAGAAACAGGGGGGAUAUUUUGCAGUUGGUUUUGUUCAUUGCCUUUUUACUAAAUGUGCUGAAGGCUGUUUCUAUUUCUGAACUCCUAGAAAUGUUGAUAAAACUAUUUUUAAUCUAAUUUUUAUUGAAAUGUUCUGUUACUGUAACUAGAGGUGCAAUAUCUCUACAAUGAUGCUCAUUUCAUAUAGGCAAGAAAGAAGAAUGAAUAACUUAUCAUAGGGAAGAUGAAUACUUUCAAAAAGUAACUUUAUUCUUAUUUGUCAAGUGAGGCUGCAGGUGGUGAAGCCUUGUUGCUUGGGGCAACACAGUACAGCACAGAAUCAGGAGGUUUCAGUUUUAACUAGUUUGGAGGCUGCUUGAUACAAAUUUGACAAAAUACUGAGCCUGGAGCAGCAGCAGGACACAGAACCAGUUUCUCUUUCAACUUGAUUUUCAGCUGUCAGGAAUCUUAACAGAAGUGGCUGCACCUUAAAUGAGAAUAUGCAAAUUUUUCUCCAUUUGUGUGCAAAUGACUGCUUUUUUUCCAUUUUGAGUACCCAACUCUCUCAAGGUGGCUAAAAGCACUGCAACACUGAGGCAUCUCACUCUUAACUUGAGCCACUCUCUGGACUCUCAGUUUCAAACCUGCCAUGCUUUCAUGUUCUGAUGCAUUCUUCUGCCAAUUAACACUUCAGCCAGAGGAGAAACAUGGAGUGGCCUUCUGCAGAAACAUGUAUAAGAGGACAACAGUUAUGGGGUUGAGAAAGCAUUUUAGGAUCUCCUGUACUGGCACAUACAGAAGAGGCAGUUUUAGUGGAAUGACUAGCCUGUCAGUACACUUUUAUUUUUUAUAAGCGUUGACCAAAUAUGGGGUUUUUUAUAUCUAUUUUAAAUAAGAUGAAGGAUUUUUUUUUUUAAUAUGCAAUUUUACUUGUGUACAAAGAUUUUGACUUUUCUCCAAUUGUUGGGAAAUCUCCACCUGGGAAAGCAAACACAACUAUUUCUUCAGUAUAUCUGAAGAAGAAAGAAAACAGUUUCAUGCCAUUUCAGUGCUCUUUUCAAGCUUAAAAGGAAACUCUCCUUUUGUUGGACCCUGCCCUUACACAAGGGCAAACCAGUAUUUUUGGAGUAUUGCAAGGAAAUAAAAAAAUGUGCAGUCCUGGUAAGCACUGAGCAUUGUCAGUGAAACAUAUUCACAAAGUCUGGUGAUUGAUCACAGCUCCUGCUUCUGGAGGUUUUCCAGCUGUAUUUCUAGGUGGCUUCCUACACUGUGAUCUAUUGCUAUCCUUUGAAAUAAUGCAGGACAUUUUUUCAGAAAUUAAUUUUUUUAAACUAAUAGUUCUAUUUGGUCCAAUUUAAAUAAAUAUAUUUCAACAUUUCAAAUAUUGUGUAUUUGGGAGUUUUCCUCAGAUGUGCAUAGAUGUACACCUUCCUGCACCAGUUGCAGUGAAACUUCUCCCUUCUUACCUUUUGCACUUUGAUUUUAUGUGUGAAAAAAAACCCCAAACAUUUCUUACUAUUUGUAUUAAUAGAACAAAACAGUAAAAUAAAUCCAACUUCCAAGUUUUCAUAUCCUACUGGGAAACAAUUUUAGCCAGACAGGCUUUUUUACACAAAUAGAAACCAAAGGGGUAACUCUUCUCAGAAACUGAGUGUCCCUUUUGCUGUAGCACCUGUCUCUGAUAACAUGGAAGAGUGAGGAACACCGAUCUCCUAAACUAUAAGAUAUUUUUGAUAUUCAGUAGUGUACUGGUAAUAUCAGUGUUAUGCUUGUCUGAGGAUGUCUCCAGUGAGGUGUUCAAACUUGAAAUGGGAGAAAGGAGGGUGAUGAGCUGGGACCACAGCCAGUGGCUUUGGUGCUACUCAAGAAGACAAAGUUGUUUACUCUGUAGGUACUGCCAUUAAGUCAGUGGAACUGUGCAUUUGUAGGGAAAUACCCUAAACCUCCGAGAGUCAGCAUGUGGGGAUAAAUCAAUGAAGAAUUAAAUACUGUAUUUCCUUUCACAUGCAUAUUCCUAGCACUUACCAAUGUUUUUGAUAAAAAAUAUGUGGGUUUUUUUUGUGCUGGUUCCUUUUUUGCAUCUACAAAUGGAAUAAAAUAUU